AUUACAUCGAGGUUGGAGUUCAUGAUAAAAAAACACACGUGGGUUGUGUCUGUCUUGUCAGGUCCAGAAAUUCGACAGACCUCUGUUUGUACCUGCUAAUGUUUUGUAAGCACGUUUAAUUACAUGUCAAACAUAUAGCGAGACUGACUCGAAAUAUGGAUUAUUUGCCGGACUCUAACGCCAGAUAUAAAGAUGUGGAUUACUGGAAUGAGCGGUACAGGACGGAGGAAAGCUUCGAGUGGUUCGGAGACUUCACCAAAUUCGGGCAUCUGCUUAAACAACACGUGGGAACCGAAGAAAACAUUUUGAUGCUGGGUUGUGGUAACAGUGCGCUGAGCUAUGAUAUGUGCCAGGCCGGCUACAGCUCCAUCACUAAUGUGGAUUACUCUAGUGUCUGUGUGGAGAGUAUGGCGGAGAGACACAAGGACUGCGCUCAGCUCAGCUGGCUGUGUUUGGACGCCCGUCGCUUGGCCUUCCCUGAUGGCGUGUUUGAUGUGGUUUUGGAGAAGGGGACUCUGGACGCCAUGCUGGUAGAGGAGACUGACCCGUGGAAGAUCUCUGAGAACGCAGCUCGAUUGCUGCACCAGGUUCUCCUGGAGGUGAGUCGUGUGUUGAAACCCGGAGGACGCUUCAUCUCCGUCACAUUUGCACAGCCACAUUUCCGCAAGAGACUCUACGCUCAAGCGGAGUAUGACUGGUCCAUCAAGCAUUAUCACUACGGUAGCAACUUUCACUACUUCCUGUAUGUUCUGACCAAAGGGGAGAAGCUUAGCACAGAGGAUGCCGCCCUGGAGAGAAGAUUGGUCGAGGAAGCAGAGGCUCCGCCCAUCUAUGUAAGAUUUCAAGAAGCAGAUUCUGAGGACUUCCUGAAUAACAUUGGAUUAUAGGUACUCAGAAAGAAUCUGUUACUUAAAAGACUGCUGAAAGUUGUACAGAUGUUUCUUUUUAUAGUCCAAACAAACAAUUUAACCAAAAAUUAUCUUUUAGGGUGCUUUCAUAUCUGUAGUUUGCUUCAUUUGGUCCGGACCAAGCGCAAUAAAUGAUACAUUGUUGCA